AUAAAAAAAAUAACGCAGGCCUCAAGAAAGGAUGCGUGUGUAGUGUCGACAUAAAAUAGUAAAAUAAGUGAACGGAAAUGACGUGGAGCCCCGCUGAUUGAUAAGAAUAGCAGUAUUCGGGGUCAGCCAGCAGAGGGCGCAGACAGCCUGCUGUGUUGAGCGGCAGCCCUGGUCACGUGACCGCGCCUCUGCUGAGUUGUUGCCGCCUGCCUCGGUCAUGGCGGUGUCGGCCAGCGCAGAGGAUGAAGUAAAGCUCGCACGCUGAUCAUUUUUGUGUGUCCCCCCUCCGGUCCGGAGUGUAAGCGUUUGGACGAUGGCGGAGCGCGGCGUCGACGUCUCGGCUCUGCCGAAAGAAGUCAGGGACCAGCUGGCCGAGCUGGACCUGGAGCUCUCCGAAGGUGACAUUACACAGAAGGGCUACGAGAAGAAAAGAUCCAAACUCCUGGCUUCUUACAUAAUCCAGACUCAAGUAGAGCAGCCACAUCAGAAUGACGUGCAGCCGCCCCCUUCCAGUUCCUCCUCCAGCCAUGCCCCUCCCCCCUCCAACUCAUCCCGUUACCGUGAGCGCCGAUCCCGCAGAACACACCGCAGUGGAGGAACUAGGGAUGACCGCUACAGAUCAGCAUAGCACACUCAAAAUAUUGAUGCUGCUCUGCACGAAUGGCUUAAACACAAGGAUGGGGAGAAGAUGCGUUGCCCAUUGCAUACCAAAAGACGAUCCACUUAGGUCCCCGUCUCUGUUGACACACGCACCCCGCCAGACUCUUCAUCAGCAUCUGAAGAUGAGACCAUCGUGCGCAGGCAGUCAUCCACAGUUGCCUGUGCCCCCCCUGUUGCCAUUCCCAACCUCCAGAGUCCAGAUUCCUGGAUCAACCCCUCUGUGCAGGGCUCCUCCUCCUCCUCUGCUUCCUCCACUUUGUCUCACGGAGAGGCCAAACCUCAGCCUCAGCCACAGUAUAAGCCACAGUACCAGCCACUGCAGCCUCAGCCCCCAGUCCCAGUGUACGACCAUUCCCAGACUGCAGCAGUAACGAACAUUCUAGCUCACAGUCGCAUUGCCCCAUCGGAGAACAGUGCCCCCCCUCCGGACGUGACUGCUGUAGCGCGCCCCGCCAGAGGGCCGAGGGUGGACCUGCCUUCUAACGUUGUGGUCCGAGGGAUGAGUCGUGGGCAGAGCCGCUCAAGCAUGAUGGAGACUGGGGACGGAGUUCCAGUGAGCAGUAGAGUGUCCACUAAGAUCCAACAGUUGCUUAACACGCUGAAGAGACCCAAAAGACCUCCACUCAGCGAGUUCUUCACAGACGACUCGGAGGAGAUUGUAGAAAUGCCCAAGCCUGACCCUAACACACCCAAACCUGAGGGCCGUCAGAUCAUCCCGGUGAAGGGGGAGCCUUUGGGUGUGGUCAGCAAUUGGCCGCCAGCCCUGCAGGCUGCACUGGCGCGCUGGGGAGCCACUCAGGGGAAGAGCCCCGCUCUCACUGCUCUCGACAUAACAGGCAAACCACUUUAUACACUGACAUAUGGGAAGCUGUGGAGUCGCAGUGUGAAGCUGGCAUACACGCUCCUGAACAAGCUGGGCAACAAAAAUGAACAAAUCCUUAAACCUGGCGACAGAGUGGCACUGGUGUACCCCAACAGUGACCCUGGGAUGUUCUGGGUUGCCUUCUAUGGAUGCCUACUGGCAGAAGUUAUUCCUGUGCCUAUUGAGGUGCCACUGUCUCGUAAGGAUGCAGGUAUCAGCCAGGUGGGCUUUUUACUUGGAAGCUGUGGUGUGAGUCUAGCUCUGACCAGUGAGAUCUGUCUGAAGGGGCUACCUAAGACCCCUGCCGGUGAAAUACUGCAGUACAAAGGCUGGCCUCGACUCAAGUGGGUGGUGACAGACUCAAAGUACCUAACGAAGCCGUCCAAAGACUGGCAGCCACACAUCCCCACCGCCAAUACUGACCCUGCAUAUAUAGAGUAUAAGGCCAGUAAAGAAGGCACAGUUAUGGGUGUGGCUGUGUCCAAAGUAGCCAUGCUGACUCACUGCCAAGCGCUGACCCAAGCUUGCAACUAUUGUGAGGGGGAAACACUGGUGAAUGUCCUGGACUUUAAAAAGGACAUGGGUCUCUGGCACGGAGUCCUCACGGCUGUGAUGAACAGGAUCCACACUAUCAGUGUUCCCUAUGCAGUGAUGAAAGCUUGUCCUCUUUCCUGGGUACAGAGAGUUCACAUCAACAAAGCUCGUGUAGCUUUGGUGAAGUGCCGUGACUUGCACUGGGCCAUGAUGGCCCAUCGGGACCAGCGGGACACCAGCCUGGCAUCGUUACGCAUGCUAGUUGUUGCUGACGGCGCUAACCCCUGGUCGGUGUCUUCGUGCGACGCCUUCUUAAAUGUGUUCCAAUCCCACGGUUUGAAACCAGAAGUUAUAUGUCCCUGUGCCACCUCUCCUGAGGCCAUGACAGUCACCAUACGCAGACCGGGUGUGCCGGGUGCACCCCUGCCUGCACGUGCCAUCCUCUCCAUGAAUGGCCUGAGCCACGGUGUCAUACGGGUCAACACCGAAGACAAGAACUCCGCCCUCACCGUACAAGAUGUGGGACAUGUUAUGCCUGGAGCUCUGAUGUGUAUUGUUAAGCCAGAUGGGCCUCCUCAGUUGUGUAAAACAGAUGAAAUUGGCGAAAUUAUAAUUAACUCCCGUGCUGGAGGCACCAUGUACUACGGUCUGCCUGGAGUCACUAAAAACACCUUUGAGGUGAUACCUGUUAAUGCAAGUGGUGUUCCCAUUGGAGAGAUUCCUUUUGUCCGAUCAGGACUCCUCGGGUUCGUUGGCCCAGGCAGUCUGAUCUUUGUGGUGGGUAAAAUUGAAGGUCUGCUACUGGUGAGUGGACGGCGACACAACGCUGAUGACUUGGUGGCAACCGCCCUCGCCGUGGAGCCGGUUAAGACUGUGUACCGUGGGAGGAUCGCCGUGUUUUCAGUCACAGUCUUCUAUGAUGAGCGUGUGAUGAUUGUGGCGGAGCAGAGACCAGAUGCCAGCGAGGAGGACAGCUUCCAGUGGAUGAGCCGUGUGCUUCAAGCUAUUGACAGCAUCCAUCAGGUGGGCCUCUACUGUCUGGCUCUGGUACCUGCCAACACCUUACCUAAGACACCCCUGGGUGGUAUCCACAUCUCUGAUACCAAACAGUCCUUUUUAGAGGGCAACCUGCACCCCUGUAACAUCCUUAUGUGUCCACACACGUGUGUCACCAAUCUGCCCAAGCCUCGCCAGAAACAGCCAGUUGGUGUCGGUCCAGCAUCUGUCAUGGUGGGUAACCUGGUGGCAGGGAAACGGAUCGCCCAGGCUGCAGGCAGGGACCUCGGCAUGAUCGAAGACCAGGAUCUCAUCAGGAAGCUCUGUAUGUGGCCCACGGUCAUGCAUCAGUAUUUGACAGAGGCACUGCAGUGGAGAGCUCAGACCGACCCAGAUCACCCCCUCUAUGUGCUUCUUAAUGCCAAGGGGGUACCAGUGGGCACAGCAACCUGCAUCCAGCUUCACAAACGAGCAGAAAAGAUAGCUGCAGCUCUCACCGAGAAAGGCAGCAUCAACACUGGGGAAAACGUUGUGCUGCUUUAUCCUCCUGGCAUUGAUUUGAUAGCCUCUUUCUACGGCUGUCUCUACGCUGGCUGUGUUCCUGUAAACGUCAGACCGCCGCAUCCUCAGAACCUGGCAGCAACACUGCCCACUGUCCGAAUGAUUAUUGAUGUGAUAAAGCGGUAUGUGAUCCUGACCACUCAAAAUCUUAUGCGGAUUCUUCGCUCCAAAGAGGCAGCGGCCUCUGUCAACAUUAAAACAUGGCCAACAAUCAUAGACACAGAUGACCUUCCUCGCCGCCGGCCUCCACAGAUCUAUAAACCUCCCACAGCAGAGAUGAUUGCUUAUCUAGACUUCAGUGUGUCAACUACAGGCAUGCUCACCGGAGUCAAGAUCUCUCAUGCAGCUGUCAGUGCACUCUGUCGCUCCAUCAAGCUGCAGUGUGAACUGUACUCCUCUCGCCAAAUAGCCAUUUGCAUGGAUCCUUACUGCGGUCUGGGAUUUGUCCUGUGGUGCCUUGCAAGUGUUUACUCAGGUCACCAGUCCGUCCUGAUUCCUCCCUUUGAGUUGGAGAGCUGUCUGUCCUUGUGGUUGAGCACUCUCAGUCAGUAUCGUAUCAGAGACACGUUCUGCUCUUACUCCGUCAUGGAGCUCUGCACUAAAGGUUUAGGCACACAAACCGAGUUACUGAAGGCCCGCGGUGUCAACCUGUCAUGUGUGCGGAGCUGUGUGGUGAUAGCAGAGGAACGCCCUCGCCUUGCUCUCACGCAGUCUUUCUCCAAGCUCUUUAAGGACCUGGGCCUGUCGUCCAGAGCCGUCAGCAGUGCUUUUGGCUCCAGAGUGAACCUAGCUAUCUGUCUGCAGGGGACAACAGGGCCUGACCCCUGCACAGUGUAUGUGGACAUGAAGUCCCUCCGACAUGACAGAGUGAGGCUGGUGGAGAGAGGAGCUCCUCAGAGUCUUCCUUUAAUGGAGUCUGGGAAGAUCUUGCCAGGUGUUCGAGUGAUAAUUGUAAAUCCAGAGACCAGAGGUCCACUUGGUGAUUCUCACCUUGGUGAGAUCUGGGUAAACAGUCCUCACAAUGCCAGUGGUUACUACACCAUCUAUGGAGAGGAGAGCCUUCAAGCUGACCACUUCAACACCAAGCUCAGCUUUGGAGACCCCCAGACGUUGUGGGCCAGGACCGGAUACUUGGGUUUUGUGAAGAGGACUGAGCUAUUGGAUGCCAGUGGGGAUCGACAUGACGCACUCUUUGUGGUUGGCUCCCUGGAUGAGACUUUGGAACUAAGAGGGCUUCGAUAUCACCCCACUGAUAUUGAAACCUCAGUAUCUCGUGCUCACCGCAGUAUUGCUGAGAGUGCUGUGUUCACAUGGACCAACCUUCUGGUGGUGGUGUCUGAGCUGUGUGGAUCAGAGCAGGAUGCACUGGACCUGGUCCCACUGAUAACCAACGUGAUCCUGGAGGAACACCACCUCAUCGUGGGCGUGGUGGUUAUCGUUGACCCUGGAGUCAUACCCAUCAAUUCCAGAGGAGAGAAGCAGCGCAUGCACCUCCGAGACUCUUUCCUUGCCGACCAACUGGAUCCCAUCUAUGUGGCUUAUAACAUGUGAGGACUUUGUCAUGGACCUGUAGUAUGUGUGCUGCUGGACCAGCGUCUAGGCUGCUCGCUACACAGAUGGUGGGAAGCAAAUCCAUGGACCACAUGUAGUGUGUAACACCAGCAUUUCUUGGCUGCUGCAUGUCUUUGGUGGACCUGCUGUAUUCGGUGUUGAUCACUGUGUCACAGAUAUACAAUUUUGCAAAUGGGACAGAAGUAACAAGGCCCAACUCUCAGCAUUGCUGGUAGCACGAGAAAAACUAAAUCCCGUCCACAGUUAUGAGGCAAGGAUAGAGUGUUCACAUAACAAAGAACCAGUUCUGAAGUAAAAUCUCUAAUACCUGCUUCUUGAACCAAUGUCAUCAGUGUUUAAUUAUCACAAACUGAUAGGGUACGUAACACUUCCAAA